AAAACCUUGCCUAUCAUAAGGUUCUAUGGUUUCCCCCCUUGUUGAACGCCGUGUUGACAAGUGGCAGCACUCCUUCUUGUCAACUCAAUCUGAUAUUAGACAACUUCUCUGAGAGUUGGCGAUUGUUAGUUUUCUGUUUGUCUCUUUGUCUAUAACACGUUUUGAAUUGAGAGAGAAAAUAAUUCUGUCAUGAAAGAAAAUGCUGGCCUCAUCAAAAUUUGAGGGUGUUAGUCUUGAUGAGUGAGAUCCCGGAAGGAAGUGUCAUUAUAUUAUCAUUUACACUUUUCUAUCGGUGGUCCAAGUUCCCUCCUUAAUAAUUUUCCUUUUUCUUUUUCUGAAUUUUUUUUUUCCUGUCUGUCCUAUUACAGGUCGGGAAUUGACCAGUCAUAUUCUUCCUAAUGGCGGAUCCUCGCAUGACAGCAAAUGCAAUGUCCAGUGAAGACGUUGAGAUGGAAGGUACUAAUUCCUAUCUUUCGCAUCUCGGCAACGGCUUUGGCGGCAAGGUCCCCAAUGGAAACAGUGACGCGCAUUGCCGGGCAACAAAUUCACCUGAUCGCCUGGGCCAAACAAACACACCUCAAUUUAAAUCAGAUCCAGAUGAUACCCAACCAACUUCUUCGCCUCCUUCAUCCCAGGUUGGCUCCAACAAGAUGAAGCCUGCAUCGAAGAAGAAAGGCACUGCCGCCAAAAAAGGGCCUAGGAAGACCAGAGUUCCAAAGUCUAAAUCCUCAAAAAAGGACCCCUCAUCAACUGGACCUAAGAAUGACACCCAAGCUGGAAGCUCCGACGAUGAGACUGACAACGGCCCUUACUGUAUCUGCCGUGGACCAGAUGAUCACAGAUGGAUGAUAAGUUGUGAUGUUUGUGAAGACUGGUUCCACGGAGAAUGUGUCAGUCUCGAUAAAGAGGUUGGCGAAAAGUUAGUCGAGCGCUUCGUCUGUCCUAACUGUACGGAUGGCAAGCUCAACUACACCAAGUACAAGAAGACUUGCUCCUUGACGGGCUGCAAGACUGCAGCCCGUUUAUACACUAAGAAUCCUAAGGAUAGGAGCGCCUUUUGUUGCAACGACCAUUGUGACCUCUGGUGGUCCUCCUUAAUCAGCACUUUGCCAACCAAGGCCGCCUCUGAAAAGGCUAUUGAAGUCCUCACCCAAGAAGAUUUCGUUGGUCUUCUUGUUAGCACUGUCGAGAAGGGUGGAUGGAAACUUGGUGAUCAACCUUUUGGCAACGUGGAUGGGCUCUGGGCCAAUGGUCUCCCCACUCAACCAGGCGUGCUUAGUGACGAGGAGCAAGCCUUCUUGAAAAACUCUGCCGCCGAACGUCUUGCUCUAGGUAACGAGAUCGUGCAGUACAAGAAAAUGAUGCAGCUCAUAGAUUGGGCCAACCAUCGACGACAGCUUGCUAUCGAAGCUGGUAAGUUCGCUAAGGACAGCUGUGGCUAUGAUUGGCGACUCGACACCGUCUCGGUGCGCUAUCAGUUCGCCGAAUGGUUGGAGACCCCCGAAGGCCAAGCGACCUUCAAGGCGGGGAAGCUCGACACUCCUCUCGAUCCCGAUUUGCAAGGGGACCCGGCCACGCGCGGCAUGUGCGAGAAGAAGCGCUGCAAAUCGCACAACGGAUGGUAUAAGUUGCUGAUGAGUGCGGUUCGAACUCUGAUCAAGGAGACGGCGACGGCCGCGGCGGAUAAGCUGAAUUCGGAGGACGUUAUGCGGCAGGCGGCGGAGGCCAGGUUCGAGAGGCGUCAGCUGGAGAAUAAUUCGGUGCAAGUCUUAGACGAUUGAGGGUUGGCGGGUCGAUGUCUUUGGUAAAAAUUAUUAUAUUAAUAAUGGCUUCAAAAGGAACGGGGUUACUUGUAGAUGGGUAAUGGCAAGGACUGAUGAUUGCUUACCUCGUAUUGUGUCGUCUUCGUCGAGUUUAGGACACUACAUUAUAAGUCUACCAAACGCGCUGAUUCU